UGUUUCCAAGUGGAUCAACAGUCCACAUGUGUCAUGGCUACUGUCUCUUAGAAACUUCUGUUUAUCAAGGCCUGACAUACUCUCAUGUUUUGGUAACGAGACGUCUUUGAGACCCAGGACCCAAAUCACAGAGGAAAAUGCAGCAUUUAUACCAGUCUGCUGGCUGGGUUCUCAUUACUCUGGGGGCUCUCAGUGUCUUCUCUGGAGUUAUUGCUUUCUUCCCAGUCUUUUCCUGCAAGUUUUGGUUCAUGGGAUGGAGUGUCUAGAUUGCCUGUCCCAUUUGGAAUGGAGUUUUGGCCGUCGCAACUGGUAUCCUCCUACUGUUGGCUCACAAAGAGUGGACGCAGAGAUACCUGUGGGAAGCUAGUUUCACCUUUGUGAUUCUGAGCAUGAUGGGAUGCCCACUUCAUUUUACAGUAGCCUUGGUUUCUGCUCUCCUUGGCCCAUAUUGCUUCUACUCACUCUCAGGGAUUGCAGGGAUCAAUUACCUCGGUUAUGCAGUUGCUUUUCCUUUUCCGUAUGCAAAAUUCCCAUCAGUCUGUGUGGACCCACCACACUAUGAAGAGUACCACCUGACACUGCAAGCCUUCGACCUGUGCCUGAGCUCUGCCAUGCUCUGUGUCUCCCUGACAGCGUUCAUCACACUUUCUGCAAGACUUAUCCAGAAUGGACAUGUCACUAUAAGUUUCCAGAACAGGGCAGACACUUCCUGUUCCAUUUUAAAUGCUAACAUGGAAAGUUUGGUAUAUUAAUACUUGAUCUGUCUCUCUUAUUUACCUGUGUAUCUUGUAUAACCAAAAAUUUCCCCCUCUUUCUACUUCUACCCCAGCCAAGAGAUUGAUUUACAUCAACAUCAGAUUCAGCUUUCUUUUUCCAAAAGGGCUGAUAAUAAUAUUAAUGAUAUGAUAAUAGAAAUAUAAACUGAAUAUUUAGUAUGUGUCCAUUUCACAGAUAGUAAAUGGAGGCCAAAGAGUUUACAUGACUUGCCCAGCUUAUCACACAGCUUAGUGGAUAGUAAGACCAGAUUCAGACUUCGGAGCUAUUUCUCUUCAUUAGGCCAGAUUUACCCUGGGCUCCCUCAUCACCCACCUUGCAUCCUCUGCUCCUCUGCCAGACCAUUAAGAUGCAAGGCUUUGGCUUCCUUGAGGGUUAGAGUGGGUUUAUUGGAAGAAUAGCACAAGUGACUUCUGGUUCAAAAUUCCUAUGGUUGAUACUGGGUCCCUCUUUUGUGGGUUGAACAGCCUAUCCCUAAAAAGAGAUAUUUCCCACUACAGACUCUUAUACUGGCCUUAUGAUUCAAGUUAGGAUUAUAUCAGGGUCAAGUAAAUUUGGGUUAUGUUAGCCAAUUUUUUUCUAGUUUUAUCCUAUCAACACCAACCAGUAAAGCUGGAAGACAAGAAUUUGGCACUCUCGAUGCCUUUUGUGGUCAGUUUUGUCCUCUUCAAUGUCUUCAUAAAUCUGCAAAGGAAAUCCUGUACAUUCUUAGGAACAGAGUUGAUUUUACAAGCAACUCUCUGAGAAACAAGGCAAGCAUAUCAAAAUCACCACCCCCACUGUACUGCCAGAGCAGUUUAGUAUUUGAGAUCCCUCCCUUGUGGCGAAUGACCUAACUUUCUAGAGUCAUUUGUUAAAGGGAACAUAUGCCUAGGAGAACCACCCAUUAAAGAGUUGACAGUCAUAACCCCUUCACAUGGGUGGCUAAUCAGACAUCUGGCUAUCAUUUUAGGCAGAACCCCCACAACAUUGAGGUUUAACCUCGGGUGGAGGAUAGGGAAAAAAGAAUGAAAAAAAUAUAUGCAGAGCUUGGUAAGACAGCCCCAUGGAAACCCAACAGUGAGACCACCUAAAGUGCCUGGAGAGAGAGAAAAUUAAUUGAAAGCAGAGAAAGAUUCUGUGACUUCACAGAUUUUUGCCUUUGUCCAUCUUGCUCAGAACAGUUUCUAGGUGUGUGGUUUCUGUGCUGAGUUCAGGACCCAGUAGAACUGCAACAUGCUACUCAAAGGGGUUCAAUGACAUCAGAAACACCCAGUGUUCUUGUGAAACUAGGUUUCAGAAUCCUUUCCAGGUUCUUUCACACUACAUCAGAAAUUCUGGGGUUGGAGGCAAGGAAUGUGCAUUUUUAACACACGUUCCCAGAGAUUUUGAUGAAAAUUCUCUUGACUGAAGCAACUUAGCAACUUAGCAGCAGCACAAGCUUUACUUAAUAUCACUUCUGAACAGAAUUUCAGUCAUACAACUUACAUAAAAUGGAGUACUAGUGUGGUUGAGGGUUCUAGAUAAAUUUAAUAAGCAUGUCUUUGAUGACUGUUCUUAGAUGACUUGAUGCCAUUUAAUCUGUAGGGGUGGAAAAUCACAUUUUAUUAGCAAGGAUGAGCAGCUGACAUAAUGGGAUAUGAUGUCCUAUAUUAAUAAAUAGACCACUGUUGCCCCGAGCCCAAAAGAAAUAUGUGUAGCCUGAACAAACCUUUGUUAUCAUGCAGAAAUCUCAGCUACAUUAGGUACAAUUUUCAGCAGUAGAAUAAAUGGAUCGUUUAUCAAAACUCGAGAAAACAGACAACUUUUUUAGAAGGAAAGGUGGAUCAUUUGUUGGGAUACAGAAUUCUACAUAGUGACUCUACUUUUAAUGAAUCUUCAUGUAGUUGUGUUGUUAGAUUCCCUACAUGCUGAACUGGAUAAGCAAUAUUUAAAAAUUUUUAUUUAAAACUAAUAAACAUUGCAAAAUAUGCUGCUGAUUCACACUUUUUCAUAUAAACAAAACAGUGAAAAUGCUUUUAAAAGCUUCACUUUCAAGUGUCUGCCUGAAAAUUAAAAUUCUCUUGU